AUGACCGCCGCCGUCCUCCAAAUGCAAGGCAGGCCGAUUGCCUCCAUAUCCAAGCCUCAGAAGCAAGGCAAGGCUCGAAAAGCUCAACUGGCAGCUAUUGCACCUAGAUAUCAGUUGGUCUCCGAUCCUGACGCCUUCGACAAGGCGGAUCCCACAGUCAAUGCGAUUGUGAACGUGCCCAGGACUCGUCUGCCCCCAAGGUCAAGGUUCGGAUGUUGGACAUGUCGAACACGCAAGGUCAAAUGUGACGAGGCUAGACCUGAAUGCACACCAUGUUCUCGCCUAGGACAUCCGUGUGACUACAAUCCUCGACUUUCAUUUAAGGAUGACACGCCGAGAGUGGUCGAAAAGAUGGCCCGUGUAGCAGGAACAGGAGGACCGGUUUGGGAUCCAUCCCUACCCCGACCAUUCAAGCGUCAACGCACGAGCCCACAACAGGAGGAUCUGCUCCCUCCCUUCUCAGCUUUGACCAACGACGAGGAUCGAGAGAAGAAGGCUGAAUUUAGAAUCCCUGGGUCUUACCAUCUCGUGGUGAACCCUUCGAGUUUUGCAGAAUUUGACGAGUACAAAGACAACCGUCAUGAUCGGAUCUCGCCGAAGAGCACACCAACAAAGGGACCAGGAAGCGAACUAAGCGACCAGUUCAGCAACGACCAGACGCAAUAUAAUGACCCAAACGGUACCGAUUUCAAUGAUAGUCAGACAUCCGAUGACCCAGACAUCGUGAUCUUGAGAAUCUUCGAAGACGAUACACGCAAAUUGGGGUCACCAACGAGUGCUGUCGUUCAAGGGCGAUCAUCGAGGACGCCGACUCUUUCGCUUCCGUCUUCUGCGGGAUCUGCACAUCGUGCCGACUACUUUAGAUUCUCGUAUGACAAUACGCCGCUGAUGAGGAUGGCUCACAAAGAUGGACGGGAUCAUCAAUUGGUGUACUACUACAAGAGUUAUGUGCAUCGCCAUCUAGCUCAGGUCCACCGAGAUUCCUUAGGGACGUCUUUGGAGACUGGAGCUUUAUCAGCGCCGGACGUGUUCGAACGACAGGCUGCUAGCUUUCUACCGCUUUACCAUGCCCUGAUGGCAUUCUCUGCGUUGAGCAUGUCCUACAAGAACGGUGUCCCCAACCUGGACGCUUUACAGCAUUACCAGCAGGCGCUUCCAUCCCUGCAAUCCAGCCUGAGAACCGAGCAAGACCUGACUUCGGACGGCGUCUUUCUCACCCAUUUUAUUCUCCUCCUAUACGAGAUCGCAGCUGGCGAACCGCGGGGUCUCUCGCUGUGGUCUCAGCACAUCGGCCAACUACUUCGCAUCACGCUUCUCCGCCGCGAGAUGUAUGGCCACGAGCCUUACUCGUUCAUCGUCUGGUGGGUUGCUAGCAUAGAUACCCACGUGGUCCUCUCGGGCAUGGGCAACGGCGAAUUCAUUGAAACAAUGCUCCGUAAUAAUAUGCUACCAUCAGGCAUGGACCCCCAGAAUCCCUACCACACCUAUGACUAUGCUUCUCCUUCGCGUGGGCUUGCUUCACCGAACGGUCAUGAAGCCUUGCCUAGCGCUCUCGCCUUCCAUCGCCGCAUUAGCAUUUUGGCAGCGGAGCUAGGGCUAUUGGCGAGGGACAUUCGGGCAGAGGAGAAGCAGAACCCCAAUGAUAGGAGUCAUGCUGUUAUGCAGAGCCGGCACGAGAGGAUUGGCGUACUGCAAGACACGUUGAGAAGGACGUGGAAUGUUCAAAUGCCUGUGUCCGUGGCGAGCGGUUACUGCAACCAGAUCUUGCCGGUGGGGGCCAGAGGCAUUUUUGAACAUUCAUUCGCGCUCUACCGCGCCUGCCUCAUCUACUCUCACACCUCCAUGUACAGCACACAACGUCUCCUAUCGCCAUUGGCCCGUGAAAUUGUCGCCCACAAUCAUCUGGAGCGCAAGUUCAUCGUCUUCCCACUGUUCAUGUCCGGCUUCGUCUCCAAAAGCCAAGAUGAGCGCAUGGAGAUCCUAGCGUUGGUGAAGAAGAUGGAGGAGGAUAGUGUGGGCAGGAAUGUAGUGGCUGCAAGGCAGCUAUUGGAGAUUGUCUACGAGAGGCAGGAGAGGCGGAGAGACGAGCUGAGAAGGGAGGGCGUCGACGGGGGCAGGGAGGACGUGGAUUGGGUGAGCAUGAUUAGGGAGCUGGGGUUGCAGGUUGUCAAUUGUCGACUCUGA